CACUUUCGCUCCAACUAACAUGGUCCGACCACACUCUCACUCUCACUCAUGACUUCCAAAACGCAUCGUUUAGCUACCUGUCACCGUCACCCAACCAAACCCAUCACCGGCUUCUGCGCUUCCUGUCUCCGGGAACGCCUCGCCAGCAUCGAUUCCUCCCCCGCUGCCUCCACCUCGCCGGAGCUCCGCCGCACCAAAUCCUUCUCCGCCCAAGUCCCCGACGCUCCUUCCUCCUCCGCCGUCCACGAGCCCCGCCGCCGGUCAUGUGAGGUCCGCGCGGCUCCGCCACGCGGCUCGCUGUCGGUCCUCUUCACCCUCGACGACGAGAAGAAGACGAAGAAGAAGCCUCCGAAUCGGAACCUCGCGAUCCAUUCGGGAACCUCCGGCGUUGGAAUCGGUGAGAACGAUGUUAGGGUUUGCGGCGACGAUGACGAAGAGACGAAGACAAUGAAGGAGUUCAUAGAUCUCGAAUUGCGCGGCAGGAAGAACGCAGGGAGAGAUUUCCGAGACAUCACGGCGAGUUUUGCUUCCGUGUUCAGCAAGAGAUUGAUGAAAUGGAGACGGAAAGAGAAGCUGAAGAGAAACUGCAACAACGACGAUGGCACACCAACGCAAGGGUUAAGAACAACGAGGGAAACACAAUCGGAGGUUGGAGAAUAUGGAUUAACGUUAGGUAGAAGAUCGUGCGACACUGAUCCGAGGUUAUCGUUGGAUGAUUCACGUUUUUCGAUCGAUGCUCCUCGAGCUUCUUGGGAUGGUUAUUUGAUAGGAAGAACAAACCCUAGGGUUUUUUCUCCAAUGGUUAAUGUUGAUGAGAGGGUUUUGGUUGAGGAAGAGGAAGAAGAGGUGAAAUUGGGAAAUGGUGAAGAGCAUUGUCCUGGUGGUUCAGCUCAGACAAAGCAUUACUAUUCAGAUUGGAAUAGACGGAGGAAGAGUUUUGAUAGAUCAAACUCUCGGAGAAAAUCAGUGAUGGGUGAUGUUGAUGAAUUGAGAGUGAUAUCUAAUGCUAAGGUUUCUCCUGCCACCACUGAGUUAUUCUAUGGAGCAAAGGUGUUGAUCACUGAGAAUGAUUUGAGGGAUGCAAAUUUUAAACCUUUAAAUGGUGUUCAAUCUGAUUGUGUAGUGGGGUCUGCUUCCAAUGGUGGUGUAGCAAUUAGGGUUGAUCAAAAGGGGUUGAACAAGUUUCACAAGUGGGGUAGGUUGUGGAAUAAAUUAGGGUUAGUUCAGAGGAGAAAGGAAGAGCAUGUUGCUGGUGAUGUGGUUAAUAAGCCAAUUGCUGAAUCUUGGCAGAAACUAAGGAAGAAUGAGUCAGUUAGCCAGAAGCUUAUUCGUAGCUAUAGUGUUAGUUGUCCAGAUGGAGAUCGUUGUAGAAUCGCAGGUUUAGUUAACGGUCUUGGGGCUCCUGAGACCAAAGCCAAUGCUUUGAAUGGAACAACAAAGUUUAUGCUUCAGAGGAAUAGGAAUGUUAGGUGUUCGCCAAAUAAUGUUGACACUGGUUUGUUAAGGUUCUAUUUGACCCCGCUGAAGAGCUAUAGGCGAAGCAGGUCUGGAAAGAGUAGCUUAAAGGAUAUGAAUUCAACAACGACUAGUUUCUAGUAAAGUUGUAACUGUUGAACUCUGGUUGUAAAGACAUGUAUAAUGUAAUUGUUUCUUGUCCAUGAGAUAAAAGCCUAUCACGUUUUUAGAUUGCAAGGCAUUU